CCACCGGAUCUAAUAUCUCUCUCCCCAUUUUCCUUUCUCCCUUUUAUGCAUACCAAACAAACGAAAAUGUCGCCGUGAUCUACCUUCAGCUGCCGCCACCACCACCAUGCUCCCUAAAAAUCCUGUAGUCGCCGAUGUUUUCGCCACCGCCAUUUCUGGUCUCAUUGCGCUCACUGCUCUCCGUCUUUGGGAAGAGACUGCAAAACGUCGCCUCUUCGAACAGAUAAUUACAAUGUUGGUCGAAAAUGCUGUGUUGUCCGAUUUGUUUGCCGGCGUUAUUACCGCCGGCGCAAUAUUUGCGUUUCUUCGACUUUGGCAAGAAACGGCGAAACAGGGCCUCGACCAGAAACUGAAUAGGAAGCUUGUGCAUAUAAGUAUCGGGUUGGUUUUCAUGCUUUGCUGGCCAUUAUUCAGUUCUGGGCAUCGUGGGGCAAUUUUAGCAGCCUUUGCUCCUGGAGUUAAUAUCAUACGAAUGCUUCUUUUGGGCUUGGGGAUAUGGAAAGAUGAAGCAACUGUGAAGUCAAUGAGCAGAUAUGGUGACUACAGGGAGCUUCUUAAGGGACCAUUAUACUAUGCCACAACAAUUACUUUGGCUUGUGCGAUCUACUGGAGGACUUCACCUAUAGCAAUUGCUGCAAUAUGCAACUUGUGUGCUGGAGAUGGUUUGGCUGAUAUUGUGGGAAGGCGAUUUGGGACAAAAAAACUACCUUACAACAGAAACAAAUCUAUAGCGGGUAGUGUGGCAAUGGCAACAGCUGGUUUUUUGGCAUCCCUUGCGUUUAUGUACUACUUUUCAUACUUUGGAUACAUUCAAGAAAGUUGGGAAAUGGUCUUGGGUUUCUUGAUCGUCUCUCUCGCAUCAGCCCUGGUUGAGUCCCUCCCAAUUAGUACCAAGCUUGAUGACAACCUUACAGCUACAUUAGCUUCUAUAUUUGUUGGUAGUCUUGUUUUCUAACUCAGGAAUCUCCUUUACUCAGAGCAAUGUAAGAAUUAGCAGGAGUAACUUCCAGUAGAAUAAUGUUGUUGCAGCCAUUUCAAUGGGCAAAUGCUGUACUCUAUUCCUCUGGUAUUUAGAAUAUUCAAUAUGGUAUUAAUAAGAGCUAAAACUAUUC